CAGCCCCCGAUGCCCCGCACAGACAAAAGCCCCACCUUUUCGUCCCUCGCCUUCUUCCACUGCCAGGACCUCCUCGCCGGCGGCAAUGUCGGCGCACCUUGUCGCCGCCGCGCUGCUCGUCGCGCUCAUCAGUCCCGCCGCCCGAGGCUCCGACGUCUCCUCGGUCCCGCUCACGCAGGCCCAGUCCCCGGCCAACACCUCCGCGGGGCCCUCCUCCCCGCCCUGCCGCCUCGACCUCUCCGCGGAGCUCUUCGGCGGCGUGGCCGCGGCGUGCGGGGCCGGCGGCGGGCCGGGCUCCCUGGACCGCGGCCGCUGCUGCCCCGUCCUCGCGGCCUGGCUCUUUGCGGCCCACGCGCGCACCGCGCUCUCCGUCCCGGCCCCGGCGCCUGCGCUCGCAGGCCAGGAGGGCCUGGGCCUGGGCCUGGGCGGCGGGGAGGAGGGGCCCAUGGUGCCGUACGACAACCAGCGGUGCGUCGACUCGCUGGGCGCCGCGCUGGAGAAGCGCGGGGUGGCGAUGCCCCGGCCCAACGCCACGUGCGACAUGGUGCUCUGCUUCUGCGGCAUCCGGCUCCACCAGAUCGGCUCGCUCCGCUGCCCCGCCGCCUUCGCCGUCGCCAAGAACGCCACGCCCACCGCCGCGGUCAAGGACCUGGAGAAGAGCUGCCGCGACGCAUCCUACGCCGGCUGCUCCCGCUGCGUCCAGGCCCUGCAAAAGGUGAAGGGGAACGUGAGCCGGGAGGCAAAUGGAGGCGGCGAGCGGGCGCGGCGGAUGCUGGGGCUGGACUGCCAGCUGAUGGGCCUGACGUGGCUGCUGGCCAAGAACAAGACGGCGUACAUCCCCACCGUCUCCGCCGUGCUGCGCGCCAUGCUCUACAGCGCGCACCCCACCGAGUCCGGCAGCGGGCACUCCUCCAGGGUGUCCGGCGGGAGCAACGCGCCGCCGCCGCCGAAGUGCAGCCCGGACCAGGAGAACAUGCCGCUGGCCGUGGACUCGCUGCAGUUCGAGCAUGCCAGCAGCACGGCCUCCUCGGCCCCUCGGCGCGCUCUCUUGCUCCGCGGCUGCUCCCAGCUGGUGCUGCUGCUGCUCUGCCUGGUCUGGGACGCGUUCUUGUGAUAGAGACGGCGUGGAUUGCAGCGAGCUGUUGUUGAUAAGAUUGUUUUUGUUAGGGGAGGGAGUAGCUUCUUAUUACAUUUUGCAUAGUAGUGCAGGUUAAUUAGCAGAUGUGGCAGUGGCAUGUCAUGGCCGCGAGAAAUGUGUUGUUUGCUGGUGCCGGCGUCGAUUGAUGGCACUGAACAGUGGUGUGUACCUGAGGCUGAGGAGUGAGUGUCGCUAAUCUCGGUGCUUCUACACUGAGUUACCACCGACUUAACACACUGCUGUUUUGGUGAAUCAAGCAACUUCUUUCUGUGCCUAAAA